AGUGAGGGUCACAUCAUUAUUAUCACUUAUAUAAAAAACUAUUUAUGUUGUGUCUAGUUUAGGGGAAAUAGACUGAUGUACAGAUCAGUUCCUAACAUACACAUAGUGUGUGUGUUUCUGUUCUUAUCAAAGCUUCAUCAGCUCUUCUCACUUAUCAGGAAGUAACAUCUUAAUUUGUGCACAUUUUGAAGAAAAGCAAGCCAAGCAUCACCAUGCCAAGACCUUCUCUUCUCACUUUGAUAUUGGCCAGUGCUCUGACUUCAGUAACUGGAGAUGUUAGUAUCAGACUGGUGAAUGGUAAUAAUGACUGCUCUGGAAGAGUUGAGAUCCUAUAUAAUGGCCAGUGGGGGACAGUGUGUGAUGAUGACUGGGACAUGAAUGAUGCUGCUGUGGUGUGCAGACAGCUGGGAUGUGGAAGUGCUGUUAGUGCACAUGGCAGUGCUCAUUUUGACCAGGGUAGUGGUCAGAUCUGGUUGGAUGAUGUGGGAUGUUCAGGAAGUGAAUUAUCGCUCACAAAGUGUUUACAUCCUUCUUUUGGAACACAUGACUGUGAUCAUAGUGAAGAUGCAGGCGUCAUCUGCUUAGUACCAGACAUAAGGUUGGUCGGUGGGUCUGAUUCAUGCUGUGGGAGAGUGGAGAUCCUGUAUAAUGGCACAUGGGGAACCGUGUGUGAUGAUCACUGGGACAUGAAUGAUACUGCUGUGGUGUGCAGACAGACACAGUGUGGAUCAGCCAUCAGUGCUCCUCCUAGCGCUGCCUUUGGUCAAGGCAGUGGAUCGAUCUGGCUGGAUGACGUUGGAUGUUCAGGAAGUGAAAGAGCCCUCACACAAUGUCCACACAGAGGACUAGGAACACAUAACUGUAAACAUGGUGAAGAUGCUGGUGUUGUUUGUUCAGGUGAGCUGCGGAUGCCGACUCUUUCCCUGACCUCCACACAUGCAGCUAUUUCUCCUGGAGAAAAUAUCCAGUUCAGUUGCACAACACCUAAACCAAGAUGCGAGGCUAAAGCUGAAUUCCAGCUCUUCAGAAACGGACCAUCUAUAUCCUCCCAGACACAUGAAUCUAGUGUGACUUUCAACCUUGUUAAUGUAGACGUCUCACAUCAUGGCAGCUACAGCUGUUGUUACUCCUACCAAAACAACAUCAAAUCAUCUUUGAGCAACACUGUUAUCAUCACUGUGGUGAUCUUGCAGCAGCCCAGUAUUUCCCUCAGUGAUCCUGAUGGACUGUUUCACGUGGGGCUUCAGGGGCCAGUGAUCACCAGGGGUCACAGUUUCACUAUCAUCUGUAACACUGACCCUCAGUAUCCUGGAGGAUCUUUUCACCUGUUCAGAGGAUCAAACUUCACCAGGACUGAGUCAGCUGUCAGUCACUCUGCCUCCUUCUUCUUUCCUGAAGCAGAUUAUUCACACGAGGGAAACUACAGUUGUGUUUAUGAAGUCAGUGUCUCCUCACGCUCCUUUCGUUCAUCUGCCUCUGAACUGCUGCUCAUCACUAUCACAGCCUCCCUGUUGCCUAUCAUUGGUGCUGCAGUGUCAGCUGUGCUGCUCUUAUUGUCUGUCCUUAUAAUCAUCCUCCUGCUGAAGAGAAGACAAAAGAAAAAGAACAAGGGAUCGCAUUCAAAGUGCGCUUUUGCAAAAAGUCAAGCUGCAUCACAUAGAAGCAAAAAUGAAGAGGAUGAUGAGGCUGAUUAUGAAAAUUUUGAACUUGAUGAAAACAUGGACCAUGAUGAAUCUGAACAGGACUAUAUUAAUGUGGACUCUGAUCAUUCUGAACAGGACUAUAUUAAUGUGGACUCUGAUCAUUCUGAAAAGGACAAUAUUAAUGUGGACUCUGAUUGUUCUGAACAGGACUAUAUUAAUGUGGAAUCUGAUCAUUCUGAACAGGACUAUAUUAAUGUGGACUCUGAUCAUUCUGAACAGGAUUAUGUCAGUGUGCACUCAGAUGAUUCUUAAGAUGACUGUGUCAAUGUAAUUAUUACAGAGAAAAGUUUGGUAGAUGAAUGAUGAUAACAUUUUUGAAAGCUUUUAUGAUUAGUACUGAGUGAACCCAAAGUACUGCAAAAAUGUAAUAUGGCAGCCUUGAUCUGAAUCUACAAAAAAGUUCAUCUCACACAUCGUAUCAGACAUACAACAGAUGAUUACAAUUUAUCAAAGUUAUUGUGAUGAUUAUGGGUGACCCCUAAUACAGUGCAUUCAUUCUGGGCUCAGCAGUUUAUCACAGCCUGCUGCACGUUUUUGAUCACAUUAAGUAAAAAAUGAAAUAGAGAGAGAGCUUUCUUUGUCAAACAGAAUGUUUUUAUUUGUUGUUCUUCUUGUAUAUUUCAAGAGUUUGUUUCCUAAACGUGAUAAAUGGCUUUAAAAAAAUUAAUAAAAAAAAUUGAG